CUGACUUGUAAUAGGGACAAAUGACACUUGAUGGAACUGAAGUACAUCACCAGUUGCCAGGCAACUACUGUAAACAGCUUGGGGAUGGGCUUUUUAGAUACAGAGAAACUGAGAUUUAGCAUACUGAUUGUGCCCGUUUGUACAAGACCAAGACUGUGGGAAUCAUUCUGUAAGGGCCUUGUCAGCAGCAGCACUCAGGAUUUUCGCCAGUGCUAGCAGGAUGAAAACAUCAGCCUUUUACAACAGCACUAAUCAAUUCCCUCUUGAUGCUGAACUGAAGGUCACAGUCUCUGAGGACGGAGAUGACCCAGCCAAGCACUUGGUGUUGCACAGCAGCUCCACUGCAAGUUUUCGGACUCCAAAGCCCUCUACCCCCUCACAAGACCUUUGCCUUUCCAAGCAGCACUAUAGGCUCUACCAGAAAAAGUACUUCUUGAAGGUAGCCACAAACCUGAGGUUCUCCAAGGAAGUUGUGAAGCACAGAGGACUGCAAAGCCUGUCCUAUAAAGAGUAUGAUUUCAAGGAUCUCUACAAUGCUUCUGACAUCAUCCAAAGACCAAAAAGGAAAGACCCCACUGCUAAGAUAGUAAAGCAGCAACCACUCAAGCCUCGCCCUUUGAAGCAACCACCUCACAAUAUGAAACUGGAUUAUUCCCCACCUAAGGACAUCAAGAUUAAAGUUCCCAUGGAAGAGAGACUGCACACAGCCAAACUGAGCAGCUCACUCAAAGAAUCGUCUCUGCCACCUAUUACUCCAUCUCUUCCUUUUGAAUCUCCUGCCUCCCAGACGUUCCUGACAGAACCCUGUGAAAUGUUAUCAUCCUCCAUGGCCAGAAGACAGACCAAGAGAGUAUCCAUGGAUAACACGCAGGAAUCAGAGAGUGAGGCCAAGGGAUGGGAGCAAAUGUUGUUGGAGAAGCUAAACAAGUCCACGGCUCAGUGGAUUGUGAAUCAACAGACUGCCUGGGGUGGCUGGAUACAAGAGAAAGUACAUGGCUUCAAAAAACAAAAGUUUGACUGGAGCAGAAUCAGGGAUGAGCUCUCUUGUGAAAGCGAGUUGAGAUUACUGGAUGCAAUUCAAGCAGGAGAAGAUACUGUGGAAUUCAGUCCACAGAGCCAUGUGGAGAAGAAAACAGAGACACUGCUUCCUGUUUAUUACGGGGUGCCUGCGUACUGUCCGAGAGUGCUUUGGACAGACGAUCCAGUUGGUACCAACAGUACAGCUCAUAUAAUAGGAACGAAGUGUCUUAGACCAGCAUCUCAUCGGGAAUGGCUGAAGUCCCGUGUUGGGAAAUAUUCCUACACCGCUAAAAAUGCCUUUGAGCAGGAGCUCUACUUUGGGACAGUCAAGAUUGUCCAUCAGAUAGAUGAGAUAGGGAAGGAUCGCAUCGUCCUGGAGAAUCAUGAUGAGUACUACAAACACCUUCAGCAGCACUUCCCAAGACCUCCAGAGCACUGGAGUUUCAGGUCACAGAAAGCAGCAGCUCGGAGGCCUGUGAGAGGAGCUUUCCAUUGGAUUGCUCUGCCUACCCUUGCUGAUGAUUUUGCACAAAGGGACCAGGAGUCAACUCCUGCAAAGGCCAGGAGAAGGAGAGUUAAACACAAGGAGCCUACAGAAGUCCUGUCUCAGCACAUACAUAUCCUCAGAAUUAUGCUGGAGCAGUGGAAGAGUGCCUGGAAGCUGACUCCCCGUUGGCAGAAUGCAACCAUUGAAGGCUUAAUGAGAGCUCUCACAGAUAUACAUGAUAUCAGUCGGGUCACAGCUCUAAUAACCUGUGCCACCGCAGUAGUGGAGCGACCCAGACUAGAUAGUGACAGCCAGGAGUCAGUUGUAGGACUACAUGGUAUUGGAAAGGCCUCAGUUAUUCAGGAUGUGCCUGUAGAAUUACAGCCUUUGCUUAGCAAGACUUUGAGGGAUGAGAAUGCCCAUGUGAGAAUGGCAGCUGCCGUGUGCCACUACACCACUGGGAUGUGGAAUGAUGAGGCACGGAUGAUCAUGAAAGAUGCUCUGGUGCAUGGCAAUUCUGCAGAUAGCUGGGCAGCAGCACAGUGCCUGGCAUUGGAGGGCAUUGUCACUGUCCCUGUAGUAAAGAAGAUCCUUUCCCAGAUGUUUGAUAACAAUGACAGUACCACAGAGGAGCAGGCGUGUCUUCUAUUAUCUCAGCUAAGCGAACACUCAAGCUUGGUUUACUCCCUACUAGCAGCCAAACUGAACAGCUGCCAGUGGAAAGAUCGGAUUUUAGCCUGCAGGGCUCUCUCUCGUAUCCGGGGGAAUAUAAGCCAGGACCUGAAGAACAAGCUUGCACAGUUGAUGUGGAAUGACUGGAACUCAGAAGUACGCCAGGCAGCUGCCCUAGCACUGGGUCGUAUGAAGCUUGGAAAAGAAGUCCAUGACCAACUCAGGGUGAAGCUGAUCAGAGGAGAUUGCCGGAUGAAGGUGGAAGCUCUCUCAUUGAUUGGCUGGCUACGGCUUAUGACAGCAAAGUUGCUCCCAGGCUUCCUUAAGUGCUUCUCCAAUGACUUUAUUGCAGUCCGGAGGGAAGCUUGCCUUACAGCCGGAGCACUCAGAAUCAGAGAUGAAAUGGUGCUAACGUGCCUCUUUAAGAUGAUGCAGACUGACUCCCAUUGGAAAAUCAAAGCUUUUGCCAUCAGAGCACUGGGCCAAAUAGGUCAUGUGACCCCUCAACUGAAACAUCAUCUUCUUUGGGCUGUUCACCAUGAGGAAGAACCUGGAGUACGAAGGGAGGCCUGUCGUAGCAUUGUAGCUCUCCAGCUGCAGGAUGAAAGUGUUCGGGCCGUGUUACUAGAGCGGUUGAUUCUGGAACCAAAUGAGAUGGUCAGAGAGGAGAUGAAUAAAGCUGUGAAGGCUCUCAAUUUUCAACAUGCAGAGGAACAAGAAAUGAUUCAGAAGAUCAAGAAUGAGAUUUCCAGGCUAAGCCAAAAGGAUUUGGUGACCCAGAAACUGAUAAAACUUGAAGAGCUUAUAGAUCACCUGUGGCAGGAAGUCAAUCGAAUAUAUCAUGCAAAGGAAGAGCACGGCUCUGCCCACAAGGAUAUAAUAGAGAGACUCAUAACUGAACUUGGAUCCACUGUCUCUGGUCAAAGCUGUUCGAACAGGAUGAAUUUUCAGAUCUGGACCUCCGAUUCAAAUUUACCACCAUUUAUGAAAAUCUCUUCAAGGCCCUGGACACGAGAAGCCAUUUUGUCAUCAAUGGACUCUCACCACAGCGAUAUGGCAUCAUGUAUGAGUGAACGGUCAAAUCCAAUGGAAAGAGGACAGUCAUCAGGAUCACUUUGCAGAGAGAAGAAUUCAUUAAACCUCUUUAGCCCAUGACAAAAAACUAGAUGGUUACUUAGCUAAACCUCACAUAUACUUUAUGGGGAAGGAGGUACAGGAAAUCUGACUGAUCCCCAAAGUCAUAAAGACAUCCCGUUAGACUUUGGAAGCUGUGUUUGACCUUUGGCUGAAAGCAUGAAAUAUGUUUCAAAAACAGGAUUUUUUUCCCUAUGGCUGGUUUAUCUGUAAAUUAACCCUGCUCUGCAAGAGAAGUAUAUCACUUUCUUUCUCUAUUAUCAUUGGUGUAUGGAGGUGGUAGAUAAUGGGAUAUUUUUUACUGGACCAACAAAUUAUUUUUACAUAUAUGACACAAACUUUGAAGCUAAAAAGUUUUUCUCAAACCCUUUUUGUCUUAAAAUACAGUGAGCUAGCAUAAAUGAAUCUUAUUACCUACCAUGAAUUCUUCUUAAGAAUGAAAAGAGCUACUUUUUUUUGCAUGUCUUUUAAUUAAGAUGGAUAGGUAGAAUUAGGCUCUGCAGGAAAAAUAUCAAAAGCACAACAUCAGUCUAAUAGAACACCAUAACCUCCUUCAAUAAUGUAAAAGAGAGGAAAGUAUUUGAGAGACCAAGGCUAAGGUAGUUGAAGCAAAAUGCAGGACAAUGUAGCAGGUGAGUCACACCCUUGACUCAAUCUCAGGUAUUUAGGGAGCAUAUAUUUCCUGACUGGAAACCACCUUCCUAUUAAUGUGCUACAAUUUGGCCUACAAAAGGUUUUUCAAAGUAUCAUCAGGUGUUAUUUUGGGCUGUGCUCAGUUACUUUGUAACCACACAGAGCCUGAUGUGGGCAGACUUACUUUACAAGGUUAUAUUACACCUGGAAUGGAAUUUGAGUUGGGUAGGAUCCAAGUUCUAUUAUAUUUCUAUUCAGACACCAAAUUUUGUUUAUAAUGGAGUUGGGAGACUUCAGGUGCCAAACUAUAUCCUCUGAAGGAAUUCCAAGAGCAAAACGCUCUGGCAUUACAUAGCAUUUUAUGCCAAAUUCAUUAAAGUAUCCCCGUUCCAAUCAUCCUUGUCUGUUCUCUCCCAGGACUUCAGACUUUCCAAAAUGAUAUAAAUGACUGUAAACUUACACAAGUUUAGGGAAAUACUCCCGUUUUUGAAAUGUCUAUUACACAAUGUUAAUUCUACGGCUAGGGGAACUUUACUCCCCUGUGCUCCCAUGCAAUUGUUAUUUCAGCCAUCAAGAUUCACUUCAGAUGGAAAAAGGGCUAAGACGUUUAAUACAUUUCAGUGUGUUUCUAUGGUGAAUCAUUAAAGCCCUUUUGGUCAAUAAAAAAAUUUCCAAAUGCCUCUCUGGCAUACUAUUAUUAUGAAAAGUUUCUUGAGGAGCUCAGUGAAUCAGAGGACAAGUAUCCUAGGUUGGUAUUUUUGUAGAGCUCAGCACAAAUCCUCUUUUGAAUCUAAAUACAGUUAGGCCCAAUGUAGGCUUCAUUGUUCCAUGCCACAAAAGCCCUACUCAGUUUGGCAUGCUGAAACAUUCUGUGGCAGAGAGAUCAUAAUUCCAGUAGCACAAGUUUGCUGUAAUGUAGGAUUUAGGCAAUUCAACAGAUCAUUGAUUGGGGAAACUUGCUCAGCACUUGCCUACACUGUAUCAGACUUAAAAGAAUGUUAUUAGCCUUUUGCAGUCAUGAAUAUGAAACCACAAAGACAAUAAGCAGCUAAAAUUCACAAAAGUAUGCAGGAAUCUUGUGCUGGAUGCUUAGCAAGAAAGAUGGGCCCAAGAUACAAAAUUCAGAGGUGAAAUACUCGCUCCACUGGAAUCAUUGGGAGUUUUGCCAUUGACUUUUGGGAGGCCAGUAUUGUACUCCAUGUCUGUAUCUAGACUCCCACUUAAUCCAAAUUUCAGAGCUGUUCAGAGUAGGAAUAAUGAUUUAGUCUAAUACAGAAAUAAGAUCUAGUUGGAAAAUUUAUAUCCAGAUCUGGAUCCAAAGUUCUUUAUAAUUCAGGAUUGUUAGGUCUGAAUCAAAAUCCUAGUUCCAAUUUCUAAUAAUAACAAACUACAAUAUAUUGUACUAAUAAUAUACAUACAAUAAUCAAUUGUGCUUUAUUUUGGUGUGUGAGGUCAAAUAAUGGGAAGUUUCAGCUAAGUUUAUCUCCUACUGCCAAGUAAACCCGGUAAGUAUCAACAAAGAGCAUCUAUCCCUUAUAUUUGUUGCUUGAAAAACACGACAGCCAACAAAUGUAUGUGAAGCGUGAUUGUAGGAUAGCACUGUGAAUAUCAUAAGUCACUCUUCAAUGGCUAGUUGUAAACCAUUCAUUCUACUUCAGCUGUGAUGUUUCUGACUACCCAGUUCUACCAGCUCUAGAAACUGUCCUUGUUUAUCAUUUACAGCAGGCACCAAUGAUAUCAGAUGUGCUCCAGAAGACUUUGUACUGGUAGCUACUGUGACCCAGCCAAAGAAAUCUGGGGGUGUAUUUUAGAAUUCUUAAGACACCAGUUGCAGUGCACUGAGCAGAAACAAGAAUCCCAGUGUGUCUACACUGCGCCCUUACUUUAAAAUAGUUUAU